AUGGAGGUAUUGCUUCGUACCUCACCCAAGCAUAACUCUGCUUGGAGCAAGAUGGUGAUUUGGCGUUGGCCUCACCAGAUUCCGAUUAACUCGGAUGGCUUUAUGCCACGAAGUAGUACUACGAUGGAGGUAUUGCUUCGUACCUCACCCAAGCAUAACUCUGCUUGGAGCAAGCUGGUGAUUUGGCGUUGGCCUCACCAGAUUCCGAUUAACUCGGAUGGCUUUAUGCCACGAAGUAGUACUACGAUGGAGGUAUUGCUUCGUACCUCCCCCAAGCAUAACUCUGCUUGGAGCAAGCUGGUGAUUUGGCGUUAG